AUGUUCAAGCGAUCCUUUGUCACUCCGUCCAAGGACCGGGCGGGCAAGGCGAGGAAGAUUUCCAAGCGUUCGUUCCGCGACGAUGCUAAAGUCAGGAUGCGUGAGCAGCUCAACUCCACCGCCAGUCCCGAGACGUCGCCUUCGAUUGGUGCGUCUUCUCCCAAGCUGAACUCUGCAAUUGUCACGAUUGCAGUCGGCAAGGACCAGCGUCUAUUUGCCGCGCACGAAGAUGUUCUCUCGCGCUCGCCUUGGUUUGCCGAGGCGUGUCGCGCACAAUUCUUCGAGUCUCCUGGCCAUCGACGUGUAACCCUCCCCGAUGAGGAACCAGAGAUCUUUUCCGCCGUUCUCGAGUUCAUGUACAAGGGCGACUACUAUCCUCGCUUGAUGCACGACAGAAGGCGCAACACCUGGUCGCUUGAGGAUGGCCAAGAUCCGACAACCACCGUGUCUCCUCACGUGGAAUCCGACAAGAAGAUCAACGACUUCGCCUCAAUCUACCACCACGGCGUGGGCGACUACAUCUUGCGGGAUACCGUCGUCUACUGUACUGCCUUGAAGUUGCAGCUCCCCGAACUGCAGCGUCUUGCCCUCAGAAAGCAAGKGCUGCAGACUGGGAUUGAUGUGGCUACCAUCUUGCGCAGUGCACGAUUUGCUUAUGCAAACACUCCGCCUAGUGAUUCGAGACUUCGCGCUCAUUAUCUCGCUCUCAUCAUCCGCAGCCGCAAGACCUUUAAGCGCAGCGGUACAAUGCAGAUGGAGAUGGAGAAGGGCGGCACGCAAAUGUUCUUUGACCUAUUCGUGGCCAUGUGCAACCACAUUGAUGAUGUUGUGGAGAUUGGUAACAACCGCUCUCCCGAUCUCGCCAAAUGA